UGAGACAUUGUAGCAACACAGGACCCCAUUACAUUACCUCCCAAACAUGGCGACUUUAAGAGGAAGAAAAGCCGGGUUCGGUAUGUUUUAUAAAAUGGGGAUCCUAACGGCUUCAAUACUGACCUGGCUCUGUGCUUCCCCUGUAAUGGGUGACUCCAAAGGUGUAACAACUAGUCUCACCGCAAAAUGGCCAUCAACUCCCCUGUUGCUUGAAGCAAGUGAAUUUUUAGCAGAAGAAAGCCAGGAUAUGUUCUGGGAUUUUGUGGAAGUUAAUCAAGAAAUUGGUCCCAAUGAACAUGGAGAUACUGAUCACUCUUACUAUCACCUGAUACUGAAGAGAGCCAGCCAGUUCCUCACCCAUCUGCAGCUCAACAUGCUGAAGUUUGCCCUUUCUUUACGUGCAUACUCUUCCACAGUGCAGUCCUUUCAGCAGAUUGCUGCAAAUGAGCCCCCUCCUUCAGGAUGCAAAGCUUUCCUCAGUGUUCAUGGUGAAACAACUUGCAAUCAAGACAAUCUGAAAGCCCUGCUGGAGACCGCUUCAGAGAGGCCAAAGCCAUACCUGUUUAAAGGAGAUCACAGGUUUCCGUCCUCAAGUCCAGACACCCCCGUGGUUAUUCUGUACGCUCAGAUGGGCAACAAAGAGUUUUCCAAAUUCCAUCAACUCCUUGUUUCAAAGGCUAACGGUGGGGAGAUCACCUACAUCCUCAGACAUUACAUUGUGAAUCCCGGUCAAAGUAAAGUGUUCCUCUCCGGAUAUGGCGUUGAACUGGCAAUCAAGAACCAAGAGUACAAAGCCAAGGAUGAUACUCAGGUUCAAGGGGCUGAAGUAAAUGCUACACUGUAUGGUGAGAAUGACUCGGUUGAUGAAGUUCAGGGAUUUCUCUUUGGAAAACUGAAGACUCUGUACUCCGAUUUGCAGGAGCAACUCAAAGAAUUAAGGAAGCACCUUGUGGAAAGUACCAAUGAGAUGGCGCCUUUGAAGGUCUGGCAGUUGCAAGAUCUUAGUUUCCAGACAGCAGCUCGAAUCCUGACAGCUCCUUCAGCCGAAGCUCUGACAGUCAUGAAGGAUCUUAGCCAGAACUUCCCUAACAAGGCCAGGUCCAUUACAAGAACUGUGGUAAAUUCUGAGCUCAGGAAAGAAGUGGAAGAAAACCAGAAGUACUUCAAGGGAACUUUAGGCCUACAGCCUGGGGACUCUGCACUUUUCAUCAAUGGCCUUCACAUUGACUUGGAUAUACAAGAUAUUUUCAGUGUGUUUGAUACCCUGCGGAAUGAGGCCCGCGUAAUGGAGGGACUGCGCAGUCUGCUGAUAGAUACUUCUGUCAUUCACGAUAUCUUGAAGCUGAACGUGCAGCCGUCAGACUCGGACUAUGCUGUGGAUAUCAGGAACCCUGCCAUCUAUUGGAUCAAUAACCUUGAGACGGACAGCAGGUAUGAUUCAUGGCCCUCCAGUGUGCAGGAGCUCCUCCGACCUACAUUCCCUGGAGUCAUCCGACAGAUCAGGAAGAACUUCCACCAUUUUGUAAUUAUAGUUGACCCCACAGACGAGAGCACUGCUGAGUUGAUAAAUGUUGCUGAAAUGUUCUUUAGCAAUCACAUUCCAUUAAGGAUUGGUCUGGUGUUUGUGGUUGACGACUCUGAAGAUAUUGAUGGACUCCAGGAUGCCGGAGUUGCUUUACUCAGAGCUUUUAAUUAUAUAUCCGAAGAAAUGGGCAAUCAACAGGCCUUCCAGGCUGUAACAGCUAUGUACAACAAGGUUCGGACUGGAGAGAAGCUGAAAGUGGAGAAUGUAAUUAGUGUUCUGGAGAAGAAGUAUCCCUACGUGGAAGUGAGCAGCAUUCUAGGAGCUGAUUCAGAAUAUGACAAAAACAGAAAGGAGGGAAGGAGUUACUAUGAACAGACUGGUGUGGGCCCUCUCCCUGUGGCACUAUACAAUGGGAUGCCCUACCAGCGAGAGCAGCUCGAUGCUGAUGAGCUGGAAACUGUGACUAUGCACAAGAUCCUGGAAACCACAAGCUUCUACCAGAGAGCUGUCUAUCUGGGUGAACUCACAACUGAUCAAGAUGUUGUUGACUUUGUAAUGAACCAGCCCAAUGUUGUACCAAGAAUAAACUCGAGGAUUCUUUCGACUACCAGGCAGUACAUUGAUUUUUCAAAAAUAAACAACUACUUUGUGGAUGAUUAUGCAAGGUUUACUUUUCUUGAUGCCAGAGAGAAGACUGCUGCAGUGGCCAACAGCAUGAACUACUUGACUAAGAAAGGAAUGACUUCCAGGGACCUCUAUGAUGACACCUAUAUUCGGCCAGUUACUUUCUGGAUUGUUGGAGAUUUUGACCAGCCCUCAGGAAGGCAGUUAUUAUAUGACUCAAUAAAACAUAUGAAAUCCAGUAAUAAUGUUCGAAUUGGUAUGGUAAACAACCCUGCUGAAAAAGUAAUGCCAGAGAACAGUCGUAUUGCCAGAGCAAUCUGGGCAGCCAUGCAGACGCAGACAGCCAACAAUGCCAAGAAUUUCAUCACCAAGCUGUCCAAGGAGGACACCGCUGAGGCAGUGGAGUCUGGGGCAGACAUUACAGACUUUGCAGUUGGGGGUAUGGAUAUUGGUUUGUUUAAGAGUGCGUAUGACUCUCCCAAAGUAGACUUUCUACUCUCCCAUGCUGCCUUCUGCAGAGAUGUGCUGAAGCUGAAGAAAGGACAGAGAGCUGUGAUCAGCAAUGGACGGAUAAUUGGGCCUCUUGAAGACAGUGAAGUCUUCAACCAGGAUGAUUUCCUCCUGUUAGAAAGCAUCAUUCUGAAGACGUCUGGAGAGAGAAUUCAGAGCAAAAUCAAGCAACUGGGAAUAGAAGAGGAUCGUGCCAGUGACCUGGUUAUGAAGGUGGAUGCUUUACUCUCCUCUCAGCCCAAAGGAGAUGCAAGAAUUGAGUACAACCAAUUUGAAGACAGAUACAGUGCAGUGAAAGUUCGGCCGAAGGAGGAUGAAGUGUAUUUUGAUGUUGUGGCUGUAGUGGAUCCUGCAACCAGAGCUGCUCAGAAACUUGCUCCUCUCCUCACAGUUCUGAACCAACUGAUCAAUAUGAAUCUUCGAGUUUUUAUGAACUGCCAGUCCAAGCUCUCUGAAUUGCCACUGAAGAGCUUUUAUCGCUAUGUGUUGGAGCCCGAGAUUACCUUCAUGGUAGAUAAUAGUUUUGCUCCGGGGCCAAUUGCUAAGUUCCUGGAUAUGCCUCAUUCUCCCCUGUUUACACUCAAUGUGAACCCCCCAGAGAGCUGGAUGGUGGAGUCUGUCAAAACACGCUAUGAUCUGGACAACAUUUACUUGGAAGAGGUGGAGAGCAUUGUGGCUGCAGAGUAUGAGCUGGAAUAUCUGCUGCUGGAGGGGCACUCUUUUGAUGUGAGCACAGGUCAGCCCCCUCGAGGACUGCAGUUUACUUUGGGGACAACAUCCAACCCUGUCAUUGUGGAUACCAUUGUGAUGGCUAACCUGGGUUACUUCCAGCUGAAGGCUAAUCCUGGAGCCUGGGUUCUGAAAUUGAGAAAGGGGAGAUCAGAAGAAAUCUACAAAAUUUACAGCCAUGAGGGAACUGAUUCUCCUGCUGAUGCUGAUGACCUGAUAGUGGUCUUGAACAAUUUCAAGAGUAAAAUCAUUAAAGUCAAGGUCCAGAAAAAGUCUGACAAAAUAAAUGAAGAGCUGCUUAGUGAUGGAAACCAUGACAAUGAUUCUGGAUUUUGGGAGUCCUUAACAAGGGGAUUUACUGGAGGUGCAAAGCCUGAUGAAGUGAGGCCAGAGAAAGAUGAUGUCAUCAACAUUUUCUCAGUGGCAUCAGGGCACCUUUACGAAAGAUUCCUCAGGAUUAUGAUGCUGUCUGUACUUAAGCACACUAAAACCCCUGUGAAGUUCUGGUUCUUGAAGAAUUACCUGUCUCCAGCUUUCAAGGAGUUCAUUCCUUACAUGGCUGAGGAGUAUGGGUUCCAGUAUGAACUGGUUCAAUACAAAUGGCCCAGGUGGCUCCACCAGCAGACAGAGAAGCAAAGAAUCAUCUGGGGAUACAAGAUUCUCUUCUUGGAUGUGUUGUUUCCACUGGCUGUUGAAAAGUUUCUCUUUGUUGAUGCUGACCAGAUCGUGCGUGCAGAUCUAAAAGAGCUGAGAGACUUUGACCUGGAAGGGGCUCCCUAUGGCUACACCCCGUUCUGCGAGAGCCGAAGAGAGAUGGAUGGAUACAGGUUUUGGAAGUCAGGAUACUGGGCCAGUCACUUAGCCGGGCGAAAAUACCAUAUCAGUGCCUUGUAUGUGGUGGACCUGAAGAAGUUCAGAAAGAUAGCUGCUGGAGACCGCCUCCGAGGACAAUACCAGGGUCUGAGUCAGGACCCCAACAGCCUUUCCAAUCUCGACCAGGAUUUACCCAACAACAUGAUCCAUCAGGUGCCUAUAAAAUCCCUCCCUCAGGAAUGGCUGUGGUGUGAAACCUGGUGCGAUGAGUCCUCCAAGAAGUGGGCCAAAACUAUUGAUCUGUGCAAUAACCCACAGACCAAAGAGCCUAAACUGCAGGCAGCAGUAAGGAUAGUGGGAGAGUGGUCAGACUAUGACCAGGAGAUCAAGAAGAUCUACAACAAGUUCACAGAUGAGAAGGAGAAGGGUACUGUUCCAGUCAAUAAUGACACCGCAUCAAGGAGCAAAGCAGAUCACAAUGGGCAUACUGAAUUGUAACCUAACAGGAAAAGAAGAAAUCCAACUCUGUUUAAAGAGUUUCUUUUUAUGAGAAGUUUGCAUCCCAGGAUAUUCAAGCUAUUCAAGAGGGUGUCUGUCUUUGUAAAAGUAAUUUGAAGGGUAUCUAAAUCAAUGAUCAAUGGACUGUAGGUGCUGGGUAAAAAUCAAGAAGGGAUAUGCCUUUGCUUUUUAAAAAAUGUUAUUUUUAUUUUUCAAUACUCUUGAACCCACUUGUAAUGCCGUCCACCUCCAGUUAUUUUGCGAACUGCAAGUCUUCUAGCCUAUAAAUCAUUAAAGAGAAUACUGUAGUAAAACAAAGAACAUGUUAGCAAUAAUAGAGAACUGGAACUGAUAGGAUAUGCAUGUACACACUGUAUAACUGGACUGAUUAUGAUCUAUUUUUAUUCCAAGUUAUACAGAAGUGCUCUAUUUGAUUACCUAAUAAUUUGGGUGUUGGAACUCAAUAAAUUAAAAAAAAAAAAAAAAAAAAAAAAAAGAUUUUAAGGCUCAUUUCUUCACUGAUAAAUCUGUAGAAGACACAUUUUAUGAAUGAGUGUCAAAUGAAUUAAAAAAAAAAAAAAAAAAGGUCUUAGAAGCUAGAAAAGCAAAAUAUUGGUUGUAUACAAUUGAGAACACGUGUGUGUGUGUGUGUGUGUGUGUGUGUAUAUAUAGAUAGAUAUAUAUAGGGAUAGAAAUAAGACUCCCAUUGC